AUAAAAUAUUAAAGUCGUUAAUUUAGGAGAAUAAAGUGGUGAAAAAGUCCCUCUGUUCUGACCUGCUGUUGAAGAUGACAGCUUUGAAACCAGAGCGAUGGAGAAUUUAGUGACAAUGAACCUUAAUAAAAGUUUAUCAAACAAGGAGAUACUUUAAUCUGUAGGAACAUCAGCACCACAUCAUCAUAAAUACAGCAGUAGGAGUAGAUUUAGACUUUAUUCUGGUAAAUUAACGACUUUAAUCUCGAAGUCUUUAACUGUUUAUUUCUUCAUCUGAGCCUGAUACUCGGUCGUAUCAAACCCUGUCAGACCCUACAGUACAAAGCAGGACUAUCAUUCAUUACAUCCGAACACUGUCUAAUACAGAAUAAUUAAAAAACGAUCAUUAAUCUCAUUAUUACUGAACAGACUCAGCAGAGGAGAUCAAACUCGGAAUGAAACAGAGUCAGACCUCAUUAAAACCGUAAUUAUCAACGAAAAUACCGUCAUAAAGGAUCCUGCAACACCAUGAACUACAACUCCCAUGAUGCAGGUCGUCACGUGUUGCCAUGGUAACGCGACAACAGCCAGGCCACCGACGGAGCAGAAAACAGGUCAAAUAAUAACAGACUCCGUUUUCGACGAUAGAUGCUGAGUUGGAGCUGUGUCCGUGUUUAACCCACUGUCACUGUGAUUCUUUACCUCCGUGUUUGUUCUCUGUUUACCAAAGUCUGAGUCACACUCCUGUGUUCCUCCUCCUCCUCGUCCUCCUCUGGUUGGAGCUGCUGCUGCUGUGUGAGGAUGAAGUUCUUCACUCCCACUGAGGUGUCCGCUCACAACACUGCAGCCGACCUGUGGGUGUCGUUCCUGGGUAAAGUCUGUGACCUGACCCCUCUGAUGGAGCAGCACAAAGGUGAGACCCCCCAACAUCACACCUGGACUACCUGAGGAUAUAUAUAUAUGUAUAUAUAUAUAUAUAUAUAUAUAUAUAUAUAUAUAUAUAUAUAUAUAUAUAUAUAUAUAUAUAUAUAUAUAUAUAUAUAUAUAUAUAUAUAUAUAUAUAUAUAUAUAUAUAUAAUAUAAUAUAUAUAAAUAUAUAUAUAUUAUAUUAUAUAUAUACAUACAUAUGUAUAUAUAUAUAUGUAUAUGUAUAUUUAUUAUAUAUAUAUAUAAUAUAUAUGUAUAUACACCCACACAUAUAGACACACAUUAUAUAUAUUUAUAUAUAAUGUGUGUCUAUAUGUGUGUAUAUAUAUAUGCAUAUGACUGUGCGUAUCUAUAGAUAUGUGUGUGUGUGUGGAAUGUAUAUGUUUGUGUGUGUAUAUAUGUGUGUGUGUGUAUAUACAUGUGCUGAGAGAGUGCUGAUCCACGGUUCAAACAGCUGAUCCACAUGUUGGAUAAAAGUGGGCGGAGCUUCCAGGAGCCGCUCUUACAUGAGUAAAUAAAGGGUCAGUCUGCAGAGUUUGUUUAUUUUAACGUUUAUCGUGUUCCUCUGCAGGCGACGACCUCCUCUUACCCAUCAUGCAGUGCGCAGGGAAGGACAUCAGCUACUGGUUCGACCCUGAGACAAAAGACGUGAGCGCCAAUCAAACCAGAGAACCAAUCAGAGAGCAGCUUUAUCUCUCCGCCUGGUUUACCUGUGUGCACCUGUCCUCUGUCCCAGGUCUUGACGUACGUCGAUCCGCUGACCCACUGUGACAGGUACUUCACCCCCGCCGGGCGCUUCCUGCACGUCCCCCCCGCCGGCCCCCGCUCUGACUGGGCCAGCGUCAUCGGGCCGCCGUGGUGGAAGGACCGACGCUACGAGGUGGGCCUGCUGUCGGCGAAGACCAGGUGGAUACGGGUCAUCAACCUGCUGACAUCACAGGAGCAGAGGCUACAGGUGAGCCGUCCAAUCAGGGCGCAACAACACAAGUGUAGCUCCGCCUCCUGAACAUCAGAGUUUAUCAAGUGUCCUCAGCUGGGUGACCUUUAACCUUCUGCUCCUCAGGUGUGCUCAGAGGAGACCCUGGCGGAGAUCCUCCAGCGUUACCUCCCGUACAACUCUCACGCCGGCAGCUACACCUGGAAACACGGCGGCGAGCGUCUGGACAUGAGCCUGACGCUCAGCGAGAACAACGUCCCCGAUGAAGACCAGGAGCUGCAGGAGCUGAGACUGGACCAGGACCUCUACACCCCCGCCAUCCACCUCCACUUCAACGACGACCUCACUGAGGGAUGACCUCUGAACUUUACCCCAACCAAUGACGAGUGAGGAGACCCGGGACAUGACCAAGACAAAGACCGUCACCUGACCAAGACCACCACCUGGACUUCUGAAGAAGAGCUGAAGGCCAGACUGAGACUCGAGAGGAACUCUGUAGAACCUCCAAACCCAAUAAAGUCUGAUCCUGAAACCAAACAUGGUACCAACUUUACUGAACCAGCAGGUCCAGGUUCUGUAGACCUUAGUGGACCCAGUAGACCAGGUUCUGUAGACCUUAGUGAACCAGCAGGUUCAGGUUCUGUAGACCUUACUGAACCAGCAGGUCCAGGUUCUGUAGACCUUAGUGAACCAGCAGGUCCAGGUUCUGUAGACCUUAGUGGACCCAGUAGACCAGGUUCUGUAGACCUCAGUGAACCGGCAGGUCCAGGUUCUGUAGACCUUAGUGGACCCAGUAGACCAGGUUCUGUAGACCUUAGUGAACCGGCAGGUCCAGGUUCUGUAGACCUUAGUGGACCCAGUAGACCAGGUUCUGUAGACCUUAGUGAACCAGCAGGUCCAGGUUCUGUAGACCUUAGUGAACCAGCAGGUCCAGGUUCUGUAGACCUUAGUGGACCCAGUAGACCAGGUUCUGUAGACCUUAGUGGACCCAGUAGACCAGGUUCUGUAGACCUUAGUGAACCAGCAGGUCCAGGUUCUGUAGACCUUACUGAACCAGCAGGUCCAGGUUCUGUAGACCUUAGUGAACCAGCAGGUUCAGGUUCUGUAGACCUUACUGAACCAGCAGGUCCAGGUUCUGUAGACCUUAGUGAACCAGCAGGUCCAGGUUCUGUAGACCUAAGUGAACCAGCAGGUCCACGUUCUGUAGACCUUAGUGAACCAGCAGGUCCACGUUCUGUAGACCUUAAUGAACCAGCAGGUCCAGGUUCUGUAGACCUUAGUGAACCAGCAGGUCCAGGUUCUGUAGACCUAAGUGAACCAGCAGGUCCAGGGUCCUCAUUUAUCAACGGUUCGUACGAACAUUCAAAGUCUGGACUUGUUCUUAGGAUCGUGAGUAAACUCUGAGCGUACACUCAAACCCUAGUGGUCGAACAGUGGAACUACAACUAGAUUCGCCAUCGCCGGAUUCCCAUUCAGGCAUUUUUAAAGGGAUUGUUGAUACCAUAUAUGGUCAAUAGGAGGCGUGUCUGAAUGUAAAUGACCCUCACCAUGAACGAGAACGUGUUCUUAUUCAACAUUUCAUUCAUAAAUGAGGACCCUGGACUCUGAUGAUCCUCAGACCAACAGGGAUGCUGGAUUUGGACUUGGAGCUGAGAACGUGUCUGGUGGCGUUGAUUCCAGGUGUGGCGUUUGCACUUGGAAGUUGUUGCCGUAAAUAAACAACACGUGGUCAAAGGCCUGGACGUCCACGGAGGACAACAGCGGUGGUGAAGAAAACCCUCUUUCACUACAUCCACUCGAGUGAAGAUCCCUCUCCAGGACGACGGUGUAUCAGACUUCAGGAGAGGAAAACUCAGAGGGUUCACCACAAGGUGCCUCAAAAACAGGAAGACCAGAAAACACCUGAAGAAGAAACCAGCCCAGUUCUGGAACAUCUGUCUUUGGACAGAUGAGACGAAGAUCAACCUGGACCAGGAUGAUGGUUUGGAGAAGAACUGGAGCAGCUCAUGAUCUUCUGUCAAACAUGAUGGAGGCAGGAUGAAUUCUGAAGCGUAUCAGGAUCGACUUUCUGCUCAGAUUCAGCCGAGUCAAUCAUCAGAUCUCAACCCGACCAUCGAGCGUGCGUUUCUCUCCAUCAAGACAAAACUGAAGGAAGAAAGACCCUCAAACAAGCAGCAACUGAAGACGUCUGCAGUAAAGACCUGCUGACAAAGACUCACACAGGAGGAACCCCAGAGUUUACUAUUUAGGGUUGAGUUUGUCUGUCCAGGAACUUCUGAGCGUUUGUUUAAAAUUCCUUCAUGUUUCAUCAUUUAUAUCUUUGAAUUAAACCUUCGAGUCUGAA